CAAUCGGCUCGCAGUGCGCAAGGAUUUAAACCAAGACAAACAGCUUGCUGUAGUGUGAUUCGGGUUCAACGCUCUUCUUGGUUUCAGAACGCUGCGUCCAAAGAAAGGGGCAUUUAACAAUGGCUUUUCGCGCUACAAGAAACCGCUUGACCUCCACCCGGACUGACCUCGCUUCAAAGACGCGAGCCACUCUUGGGGACAUUGGUAAUGUCCCAGGCAGCAAACCGCCCCAGAAGAAGGCAAUCAAGGCCGAAGCUGUUAAAAGGACCAAAGCGGCCGCUGUGACUGAAAAGGCUGAGCCUAAAGCACAAAAUGUUCCCGUGGUGGUGCCGGUGCCUGUACCCGAGUCAGUGUCUCCAACUCCAAUGGAGACUUCAGGCUGUGAGCCAGCCGACUUAUGUCAAGCAUUUUCUGACGUUAUUCUCCACAGUACGAUCAAGGAUGUGGAUGCCGACGACUACGACAACCCGAUGCUCUGCAGCGAAUAUGUAAAAGAUAUAUACAAGUACAUGCGUCAGCUGGAGGCUGAGCAGAAUGUCCGAGCCAAUUAUCUUAAAGACCAGGAAGUGACGGGCAACAUGCGGGCCAUACUCGUCGACUGGCUGGUCCAAGUGAGCCUGAAGUUCCGCCUGCUGCAGGAGACUAUGUACAUGACUGUGGGAAUAAUUGACCGCUUUCUUCAGGAUAACCCAGUCCCCAAGAAGCAGCUGCAGCUUGUCGGAGUGACCGCCAUGUUCCUAGCUUCAAAGUACGAGGAGAUGUAUCCACCAGAGAUCAUGGACUUUGCCUUGGUUACGGAUCAGGCCUACACGACCGCCCAAAUCAGAGAGAUGGAAAUGACAAUCCUGCGCGUGCUAAAAUUUCAACUUGGUCGCCCUCUCCCUCUGCAGUUCCUCAGAAGGGCCUCAAAGAUUCAUGAAGUGACUGCAGAGCAGCACACCCUGGCAAAAUACUUGCUUGAGCUAACCAUGAUCGACUACGAAAUGGUUCAUUACCCGCCUUCAAUGGUGGCAAGUGCCGCGUUGGCGUUUACGCUCAAGCUGAUGGAUGCGGGAGAAUGGGACGCAACACUGCAACAUUACAUGGACUACACCUCAGACAGUUUGGUUCCAGUCAUGGCACACAUUGCCAAAAAUGUUGUCAAGGUGAAUGAAGGUCAAACUAAGCAUACGGCUGUCAAAGACAAGUACUCUGCUUCAAAACAGAUGAGGAUUGCAACGAUCUCAAAGCUCAAGUCUUCCGUUGUGAAAGAUCUUUUGAAGCAGCUAAUGCAGUGACUUUGACCUUGUGGAUUUUUUACUUUUUUUUGUACAUAUUUCAGCUUUAUGACAACCCUCUCUCCCCGAAAAGCUUUUAUCUGUUUUUAUGCUGCUUUUAAUCGGGUUUUAAAUCUGUAUGAAAGUGUUGGUUUAAAGAUUGAUUUGGCUAUUGAUCUUACACCUGCAUCAGAUGUAAUCUUAGUGAUUGAUCCCCACUUUUUUUCCGUGCAAAUGCCUAUUACUCUGAAAGACUUGUGGAUUUUAUUUACAAAUGUUGUCACAUUUAUGCUGCUGUUAAAGUUCUGUAAAUGUACAGCAAAACUUUUACGUUGUUUACGUUGACUGUGUUAAAAAUUAAAUGUUUUGACCAGAA